AUGCUUCAAGACUACCAUAGACAAACAAAAAUAAAACCAUUUGCACCAAUACUAAAAGAUCGAAGUAUAAAACGAUGGAAUAGUGAAAUUUCUCUUCCAACAAAUAUAUCACUUUUAUCUAUUUCAAAAUCAUCGAUACAUAGCCAUGAUGAUGAGGACGAUAAAAUUGAUACGAAUCAAAAUUUAAAUGAUAUAGAUUCAUCAAGUUCUAGAGAAAGCUUUUCGAUUGUUAACGAAUCAGAAGAAUUCAAAGCGAAACAUUCUACUAUUGAUACAUAUAUUUUAAAUAAACAUUUACAUGCAAUACCGAGUACGAUCAGUAAUUUAGCGGACAAUCAUAUUGAUGAAUGUAUUUAUGAGUUAUUUGAUGAAAGUAAAUUAUCGUAUCGAUUUGACAAUGAAGAAUACAAUCCACGUUCAAUUCGUCCGCCUGCAUUUAGUCAGCAUAUAAAGCAAAUUAUAGAAUCGAGAAAAAAACCAAAACCAACACAGUGUCGAUCAGCCCGUAUUCCUGUUCGAACAACUAAAGCGGAACAGUUGAAAUUAGCUCGACAGCAAUCAGCUAGUUUAAGUAUUUCUAAUCUACCUAAUGUACGUCCGUCUACAACUAAAUCACAGCCAACAUUAUCUUCGAAAUCUCGAAUACAAUCAACAGCAAUAAUUUCCGCCAAUCGUCUUUUACAGUUACAAGCUAAUGAUAGUAGUGCUUCUUUUAGACAAUCGGAAUCAGCUCGAUCGUGCAAAAUAGCCAUUGGAUCGAAUGAUCCUUUGCUUCUGUCAUCCAUGCUUGUUAGACAAAUGCGACAAGAUAUUCAGAGUAAUAGAGUUCCAUCUUAUUCGAAACCAUUAAAUAGUGCUCUACUUCAUGAACAACCUCAUCCACCUCUUAGUAAUCAAUAUAAAAUGCGACGUAUCCAUGAUUGGUUAAAAAGUGUUACAUCAUCAGAUUAUAUUGAAUAUAAUGAAUAUGCUUCGAAUGAAUCAAUACGUGGAACAAAUUUCAAUGAUAAAAUGGAUCUAGAAUCUGAUAUCUUCACUGAUGAGAAAACGCUCAAUAAUAUCGAAAGAACAUCCGAUGAAGCUCAUCGAGUAUUACCAUUAUUUAAAACGGCAAUUAAUCGACACAUGCAACAACGUAAUUUAUUAUUAACUCGUAUUGAAUUAGACCUAUAUGCUAUUUAA